CACAGUUGGCUUAUUAUUCAGUAGAGUUUCCUUCUCUUCAUUAUUUGAUGCUGCUGUGAGUCCCGUAGCGUAGCACUACCUUUCACACCGCCCGUCGUGGACGGAGCACACACACAUACAAAUCGACCGAUGGGCCUGGAUGAGAAGAGCGUGGCCAUCGUGGGCGCCGGCGUGAGCGGCCUGGCGGCGUGCAAGCACCUGCUGGAGCGCGGCUGCCGGCCGGUGGUCUUUGAUGCGGGCGACGCCGUCGGGGGCGUGUGGCCGAACGCCAUGGAGGGGACCAGGCUCCAGGCGCCACGGCACAUGUAUCGUUACUCCGACUUCCCCUGGCCGGACUCCGUGACGGAGAUGUUCCCCAACCAGCGCCAGGUCGCCGACUACCUCCACGCCUACGCGCGCCGCUUCGGCGUGCUCGACUGCGUCAGGCUCGGCCACCGCGUGACCAGCAUGGAGUACGUCGGCGUGGCAGAGGAGGAGGUGGUGGCGUGGGAGGAGUGGGCCGGCUGCGGCCAGGCGUUCGGCUCCGGCGACAGGGAGUGGCGCCUCACGGUGGCCGAUGACGAAGGUCACAUAGAGGUAUCGACAUGAUAUGCUACUACUGCGCAAACGUUUUUCCAUAUAGGAUUAGGAUGAUGAUAUUCAAGUAGAUAUAAACUUGGUACAAUUUGGUUUGUUCGUGGUCAUGGUCUUCAAGAUCUUCUGACCAUAAAAUCCAAUCUUGCUGAGCCUUCUUGAUUCGAGCUUGCUCUCAUAAUCACAUAGCAAUGGGAGUCGAGUGUUGAGGGAAGAAAUGUCAUGUAUGGAGUUCUCAAUUCUUUAUAGAUAAGCAUGCACCCACGCAACCACCACCUAACCAUCCAUCAUGUAAAUGGCAGUAGUCCUAAUCUCUCGAGAGUCAAUAUGGCGACUAUAUAUAUUGGUUUGGAUGGCGACCUAUACUUUCUUUUUGAAAGGAUGGCGACCUAUUGUUACGCUCCUCACACCUACCACACCGUUGUGUGUGUGUGGUGUGCGUGCCUGAGGACAACAGAAAAGAACGUGUUGAAUGUCAUCAAUCCCGGUCUUGCAAACUGGACAUUGCAGAAGGACUGGAAUGUGUCUUGCGGCUAAGAUUCCCAUGCAUGGUAGUACACCCCGGAGCACCUUCCAUCCAAAGUGUUUUAUUUUCCUUGGAGUAUAUAGUUAUCAAAGUUGUUUCCAUAUGGAGUUUAACUGAACGCUACCCUGUCCGACCUGGCUAUUUGGCUCCCAAACUGAUGGUUAAACUCUGCGUGGUACGCCGACUGAACUGAGAAGGUUCCUGACCUUGUAUACUACCACGCCACAAGAUCUUCCAUGGCCUCCGUCCGGAGAGGAAUUUGAAUUAUUCUAGCGACACCAACCUGUGAAAAGACAGACCUAAUAAGUUCCAGAUCCCAUUGUCAUGUGUGAGGGUCUAUAAUUUCCUCCACUAGGUGUUAUAACAUUGUCCUUGCUCUAGGUGUUCUUUUUU